UCGGACUCCGCGAGAGACAGGCAGCGAGGCGAGGUGACGCAUCCAUGGAGUGCCGCGCUCUCCUCCAUCGUCCACUCCAGGAUAGCUAUACUCCGUUUGAUGUUAUCUAGCGCAGAGAGAGACCGCGCGUUUCACGCGACAAGGAACAGGGUCGGUUUGUUUGUGUUUUUGUAGUGUUAUCGCCCCGUGGCGUGGUCGAAUCUCCCGACUAAAUCCCCCCCCCCCCCCCCCCUCCGUCGUGUAGCAUAACUUUGCUUGUUCACGAGACCUCACUCCGUACCGUAGCCCCCCUUCCGCGCGCUCACCCCUUGACCACUUCUGUACUUGUGUGUCACCGAAACCCGGGCUCUGAAGCGCGGGAACACGAGAGAAGAAGGCAAUGGACGGCUCGGUGGCGGGAGGGAUCAUGCCUGACAUGUCUUUCGGACUGCGAGGUCACGCGCUCCCGGUGAUGCCCAACCAGCGCAAGACGAAAGCCAGACGGAAAAAGCGAAAGGAGUUGUUCGCCUUCCAGAUGUGCUUCAUGGGGGCGCUGCUGGUCCUGGUGAUGGGCAUCAAGUCUCUGGCACGCAAAACAGGGUAUGGAGGCUCCAGCUCACUGGUGAUGAUUGAGGAGGAGGAGCGGAACGGAGACACCAGGUGGGAGAGCCGACACCUCCUCCAGAACUUCUACGACAACGCAUCAGACCUCGUCCCUGAGGCUGAAUCCAAGAACUGCACUGAACCGGCCAUCCACGAGUUCCCCCGCGACUUCUUCACCAACCAGGAGCGAGUCGACGGAGCAGUGGGCCUGCACGUCCUGUGUGCUAUGUACAUGUUCUACGCCCUGGCCUUGGUGUGUGAUGACUACUUUGUGCCCUCCCUGGAGAAGCUCUGUGAGCGUCUGAAUCUGAGCGAGGACGUGGCCGGAGCGACCUUCAUGGCAGCAGGUAGUUCAGCUCCUGAACUCUUCACCUCUGUCAUCGGGGUGUUCAUCACCAAGGGGGACGUUGGCGUAGGCACCAUCGUGGGCUCAGCUGUCUUCAACAUCCUCUGCAUCAUCGGCGUGUGUGGCAUCUUCGCUGGACAGGUGGUGCGUCUGUCGCGGUGGCCUUUACUCAGAGACUCUACGUACUACACACUUUCCAUCUCUGCCCUCAUCGUGUUCAUAUAUGAUGAAAAGGUUGUGUGGUGGGAGGCUCUGACACUGAUUCUGAUGUAUUUCGUCUACAUAUUGAUAAUGAAAAUGAACUCCCACAUCGUGCGCUUCCUGGAGAGGCGGAACAAGAGCUCCAACCUGAGGAACGGGGCGGCCAGCAACACGGAGCUGGAGGACAGCUGUGACGCCACCGCCGUGCUGCUGAAGAAAGCCAACCACCACAGGAAGCAGUCAGUGCUGAUGGUGGACGAGCUGCUGUGCGCCUACCCCCACCAGCUGUCCUUCUCCGAGGCGGGCAUGCGCAUCAUGAUCACCAGCCACUUCUCCCCGCGGACACGCCUCACCAUGGCCUCCCGCAUGCUCAUCACCGAGCGGCAACGGCUCAUCAACACGCGGACUUUCACCAACGGGGAGACGGACGCAGCGGGGAAAGCCGCAGGGAGGCGUGGCCAGGAGAACGGGGUGGGCGGAGCCAAUGCCGAGAGAUGCCCCGGCCGUCGUCGUGACGACCAGGAGGCCGGCAACGAGACUGAAAACGAAGACAAUGAGAACAACGAGAACGACGAGGAGGAGGUGGUGGAGGCCGAUGGAGAGGGGCCCUUCGUACCUUUCCAGUGUCCAGGCGGUGUGUGUAACAAGGUGAAGUGGCUGCUGGCCUGGCCCCUGUGCCUGAUUCUGUACUUCACGGUCCCCAACUGCUCGACGCCGCGCUGGGAGAACUGGUUCAUGCUGUCCUUCACCGCCUCCACCCUCUGGAUCGCCUGCUACUCCUACGUCAUGGUCUGGAUGGUGACUGUGAUUGGCUUCACGCUGGGUAUCCCUGACGUCAUCAUGGGCAUCACAUUCCUGGCAGCGGGCACCAGUGUACCGGACUGCAUGGCCAGCCUCAUAGUGGCCAGACAAGGUAUGGGAGACAUGGCCGUGUCCAACUCCAUCGGCAGUAAUGUGUUUGACAUUCUGGUCGGGCUCGGCCUCCCCUGGGCUCUGAAGACACUGGCCAUCAACUACGGUUCAUCCAUCAAGCUGAACAGCAAGGGCCUGAUCAUCUCGGUGGGCCUGCUGUUGGCUUCGGUCUUCAUCACGGUGAUGGGGGUGCACCUGAACAACUGGAAGCUAGACCGGCGCCUGGGCAUCAUCUCCAUCAUGCUGUACUCGGUCUUCGUCUCCUUCUCCUGCCUCAUAGAGUACAACAUCUUCACCUUCGUCAACCUGCCCACCUGCCGGGACGACUGAGCACCACACACACACACAAACAGGAAUGCAUAGAGACACACACACACACACACGCACACAAACACACACACACACACACACAAACACACACACACACACACACACACACACACACACACACACACACACACACACACACACACACACACACACA